GCAGGCUGCCAUGACCAACCAGUCUCAGGGGAUCCACCAGCAACUUCAAGCAGAAAAAAGGGCCAAGGACAAGCUAGAAGAAGUCAAGAAGAAGACAGGAUUUGCAUGAGGAAAAGGGAAGUGAUUGAAGCAAGCUAAGGAGGAAGCAAUGGCAGAAAUGCAGUACAGAUUGCAGAGAGAUAAGGAGUUUCAACUUAAACAAUCUAAUAUAAUGGGUUCUCAGAGUAAUCUCUCAGAUGAAAUGGAAAAACAAACACUAGAGAAGAUACAAGAACUGAACAGAUGCUACAACAAGUACCUGGAAGACGUUAUGAGACAGCUUUUGAGCAUGGUCUGUGACAUGAAACCAGAAAUUCAUGUGAAUUACAGAGCAACCAACUAA